AUGAACGACUCAUUACUGAUGGAAGUACGUGAUAUGCAAGCAGAAUUGACCAUCAUACGACAAGAUAUUCAUGCUCAUCCAGAAAUGACCAUGGAAGAACAACGCACAUCAGCUCUGGUCGCUUCUAAACUUAAAGAAUGGGGUCUAACAGUUACUGAAGGUGUCGGUCGAUUCGGUGUUGUUGGAACAUUGACGAGUAUAAAACCAGAUAAUCGUUCUAUUGGUCUUCGUGCCGACAUGGACGCUCUACAACUUAUCGAAAAAAACAACGUAUCAUAUGUUUCGACAAAACUUGGUACAAUGCACGCCUGUGGUCAUGAUGGACAUACGGCUAUGCUGCUUGGUGCUGCAAAGUAUUUAUCUGAACAUCGCGAUUCAUUCUGUGGAACUGUUCAAUUUAUCUUUCAACCAGGUGAAGAAAGACUCCAAGGCGCCAUAGCCAUGAUAAAUGAUAGUCUAUUCGAACGAUUUCCCGUUGAUGCUAUCUAUGGAUUACACAAUCUUCCAGAACAGUUAGGAACAUUUUCUAUACGAUCAGGUCCUGUGAUGGCAGCAUCCGAUCGUUGGUAUGUAACGUUUCGAGGCACUGGAGGUCAUGGUGGAGCAGGUGCACAUCUUGCAACCGAUGUUACAGUAGUACAAGCACAAUUCAUCAUGGCACUACAAACUAUUGUUAGUCGUAAUGUCAAUGCGAUCGAUUCAGCAGUGAUCAGUGUUGGUGCUAUUGAGGGUGGCUCUUUCGUGUCAGCUAAUGUCAUGCCAUCUGAAAUACGUAUUGCAGGUACUGCACGAAGUUUGACUACAUCGGUUCGUGAUCUUAUUGAACGACGUAUUAAUGAAUUAGCAAAUCAUCUAGCUAACGCCUUUGGUUGUACGGGUCAUGUGGAAUAUAGACGAGGAGGAAUUCCCCUUGUUAAUCAUGAUGAACAAACAAAACGAGCAAUUAAAGCUGCUGAAGCAGUCGUCGGUUCAACAAACGUCACCAAGAACAGAGAUCCUUUGAUGGGUGCUGAAGAUUUUGCUUUCAUGCUUUUGAAACGACCUGGUGCUUUUAUCUUCAUGGGCAUCAAUGAUGAAACAGUAUCCAAUAAGUUGCAUUCACCUGAUUAUAAUUUUAAUGAUGAUGCAAUUCCAUUUGGUGUUGCCUAUUGGAUAAGUCUUGUUCAGCAAGAACUCAACGAUUGA